GGCGGCGCGGAGGAGAGCCUGCGGCCAUUGGAGCUGGCCGGCGCGCGGGAGGGCGACAGGUGGGAUGCGGACAUCGCAAGGAUGCAGGAGGGGGUCCGGCUGCUGUUCUCGAACGCCUUCAAGGAGGCAGAGGAGAUGUUCUUCGCGGGCUACAGCGAGUCCGCUGUCUCGAGGCGGCUCGAGCCUGGAGAGCACGACUUGAGCGCAGAAUUCGCUUUCAAUUGGGCGCUGGCGUCAAUGAUACGUGGCAUCAUCUCCUUGGAGGACAAGCAGUUCGACGAGUGCUUACAGCGCAUCCGCAUUGCCAGCGCAGCGGCGCAAAGCGCGCGCGACGCAGGCUGGGUUGGGCACAGCAUUAUCAUAGGAUGUUGCUUUGCCCUCGAGGGCGUGAUCUUGCUGCUGCAGCGCUCGUUCGUGCGCGGCACGGCCUGCCUGGCGCGCUCUUGGUUUUACCUCUGCAAGGCGGAGCGUCACUGCGACGACGGCUGCGGACUCGCGGACGACCCGCUGGAGCGGCGCGAGGUGUCCGUCGUACGCUCCGUCUCGCUCUUCAUGUGCGGCGUGGUGGGGCUCGUCGCCUCGCUCCUCCCCGUGUCCGUCGGGGGAGUAGCGCGCUUCCUCGCCGGGGUGCCGGUGGACCGGGAAGUGGCCGUCCGACGCCUGGAGACCUGCUGUCACGAGCGCGGGCUGCUCGCGCCGUGGUCCUGCGCAGUCGCCCUCGCGUACCACGUCGACAUCCGGUACUUUCUCGGCGAGGACAUCGGGCCCGACGACGUGCGCAGCUGCCACCAAAUGCUCGACUGGGCGGUCGCACGACACCCAGGCUCCAUGGUCUUCGGCAUGCUGCAGGCCAAUCUGGCCAGCUUGCAGCACCGCGGCGACGACGCCAUGGCCUGCAUAGAGCGCUGCGCCGAGCACUUGCCAGAGGCACCUGGCCUGGAGCUCGUCAUCCACGCGCAGCACGCGAAGCUGGCCCUGCUGGCCUGCCGGUGGACAGUGGCCGCGCGGCACUUCGAGGAGGCGGCAGGGGUCAACAUGCGCAGGCACAGGAGGUCCACCGUGCCCACCUUGUCCUUCGCCGCAGCGCUGUGCGCGCUCCGCGCCGGCGACGAGCAGGUAGCGCAGAGGUGCCUGGAGCGGGUUCGCGAGUACGAGGCCCUCGAGAAGCGGAGCUGGCCGCCAUCCGACAGCCACAGCUUCCGCAGGGCGGCCGCCUACCUCGAGCCGGCGGCGUCGCCCGCGGAGCGGGCGCUGGCCCCGCUGCUGGACCUGCUGGAGCUUCUGGAGCUGAAGCUCCACGCGCUCCGGCGCAUGCCCGCGGGCGCCCUCCGCGAGAUGCUCCAGGAGCUCUCCGCUCCCGAGCGCUGUGGGGCGCAGGGCGCGUCGCCGGUGGACGCUCGGCGGCUGCGGUGCGCGGCGGAGCUGCAGAGGCUGCUGGGCCACGAGCCCGGGGCCGUGCGGCAGCGGCUGGACGCCGCGUCGGCCGCGGCGCGGGCGUGCGGCUGCGGCGCCGGUGCGGAGGAGGUGGCGCGCGACGCCGUCGAGGCACUAGUUCACUACUCGAGGGCCGAGGUGCACCUCUCCCUGGGCGAGGUGGCAGAUGCCCGGGCCUGCUGCCAGGGCAUGCACCGGGCUGGGCGCCGCGCGGAGCUCUGGAUCAGCAUCGCCUUCAAGGCUCACAGCCUCGAGCAGCGCGCGCUGCGGCUUGACACCUCCCGGCGUGGCGGGCCCCUCCAGGCGCAAAUGGGCGUCGAGGGCGCCAUCGCUGCUGGUAGCCCGGUCACGAAGCGUACGGACGCCCCCGCGUUCUGGCUCUGCUGCCGCCGCCGACGUCAGAAAGCCGAGUGA